GACAACUGACAACAGUCACUCAUUUACCUUCUUCACAGUUCACACUCACAUUCGCUUUCAAUAAAUCUUCCUUUCUUCUCAGUUUUCUUUCAACAAAAACAACAAUGUCCGAACCACCACCACCUUCUUCCUCCGCCAUGGACCCCUACGACUUCCUCAAAAUCAAACUCAACCCUGACGGCAAUUCCCUAACCCGAAACUACGUCGUUCCAACAGUGCCCCCUUCGGCCACCACCCCCUCUUCCGAACCAGCUCUCUCAAAAGAUAUCCCUCUCAACCCAACCACCAACACCUCCCUCCGCCUCUUCCUCCCAAACCCCCCUCCCCCCUCUGCCGCCAAACUCCCCCUCAUAAUAUACUUCCACGGCGGCGGCUUCAUCCUCUACCACCCCUCCUCCCUCAUCUUCCACCGCUCCUGCGCCGCCCUCGCCGCCUCCCUCCCCGCCAUCAUCGCCUCCGUUGAUUACCGCCUCUGCCCCGAACACCGCCUCCCCGCCGCCUACCACGACGCCCUCGAAGCCCUCCAUUGGGCCCAGGCCCAGGCCCAAGCCCAAGCCCAAUCAGACCCGUGGCUCCGCGACUAUGUAGACUUCUCAAAAACCUUCCUCAUGGGAAGCAGCGCCGGGGGAAACAUCGCCUUCUUCACAGCCCUAAAUUCUCUCUCCCUCUCACUCUCACCUCUAAAAAUCCUCGGUGUAAUCAUGAACAUCCCUUAUUUCAGUGGGGUCCACCGUUCCGACUCGGAGCUCCGACUUGUCGACGAUCGCAUCCUUCCGUUACCGGCGAACGACCUCAUGUGGUCCCUCUCGCUGCCAGAGGGCGCGGAUCGCGACCACGUGUACUGCAAUCCGACGGCUGUGGAUAACGAACACGGCGACGCGAUCGGACGGUUGCCGCCGUGCUUCAUCAACGGAUACGGUGGGGAUCCCUUGGUGGACAAGCAGAAGGAGUUGGUGAAGAUUCUGGAGGCGCGUGGGGUGCGCGUGGACGCGCGUUUUGUGGAGGACGGGUUUCAUGCUGUGGAGCUCUUUGAUCAGGCUAAGGCAUUUGCUUUGGGGCAAAACAUUAAGAACUUUAUACUUUCUAUUACUUCUCAAUCCUCCAUGUGACUUCUCCUGGAAUAUCCACCUCGUGUGAUUCUCUGGGUAUAAUAUCAUUUUUGUCUUUUAUAUUUUAGUAUAUGUUGUUUAAAAUAAAUAAAUAUGUAAUCCAGGUUUUAAUUUCCAAAGUUGCAUUGUUAUCGAUGAAGACUAGAAUUCUUCGAGCUGUAAUGGUUUCGAUCUGAAUUUGUUAUGCAUUGCUGUAUGUACUCUUGUACUCUUGUUGUAUUGUUGUGUGACUUCUACAUAUGUUAAUAGUUAAAUAAUUACAUAUAUUGACAAUA